GUUUCUUCCUGGCUGCCCCCUCCGGACCUGAGCCGAGCGUUGCGGUGCUGCGUGCGGGGCAGGCCGUUGCGCUAGAUUCCAGAUGAAAAUGUUUGAGAAUGUAGACUCUCAUGCAGCCUCAAGAUCUAGCCGGGAUCUCUGGGCUGAGAUCUGUUCCUGUCUGCCAGAUCCUACACAGGACGAUGUGGCCAGCAAUGCCUUCUCUGACUCCUUUGUGGAUUCCUGUUCUAUAGGGGAAGGAGGCAGGGAGACCGCCCAGCCAGCUACAAAGCCCUGGGCUCCCCUGCAGGACUCAGAAGUGUAUUUAGCAUCUCUAGAGAAGAAACUGAGGAAAAUCAAAGGUUUGAAUGAAGAAGUGACUUCCAAAGACAUGCUUCGAACCUUGGCCCAAGCCAAAAAGGAGUGCUGGGAUCGAUUCCUCCAGGAGAAGCUGGCGUCAGAGUUCUUCGUGGAUGGCCUGGAUUCUGAUGAGAGCACCUUGGAACAUUUCAAGAGGUGGCUGCAGCCAGAUAAAGUGGCCAUCAGCACGGAGGAGGUGCAGUAUCUGAUCCCUCCCGAGUCCCAGGUGGAGAAGCCAGCGGCCGGCGAAGACAAGCCACCAGCAGCGGAACAGUAAACGACACAGCCCGGCCAGCGCAGCUGUCUGGGGUCCAGAAGGAAAGGAGGAGAGUUGGUGGCAGCGGCAGCAGCAAGGAGAAAUCCCGGGAGGGAAAGAGCUCAAACUUCCACCCCACAAAGCUGCCCAUUCCCUAAGGACUUGCUCAGAGCCCGCCAGCACAGCUGUCUCGGAUGGCUGCACGGACUGACUGACCCAGUGUCUGCCGGGUCCAGAUCCUGUUCUCUGUUUAGUGCCACAGCCCUCCGGCCUGAGCACAAGGGGUAGACGGGCGCCAGGGAUCUGAUGGAGAACAGAGUUGAUGGUGCCUGGAGACACAGAGGACUGUAUCUACUUUCAAUGAGCCAGACUCUUUCCUUGCCUCUUGUGGGCGUUCAUGCCCGGGUCCCAGGCAUUUCCUUGUUAAAUUGUCCAUCGUGAGUGGGGCCAAGGGAAGUGAAAUGAGCCUCCCGGAGCCCCAGCCUGCGCACAGCCUCUCUGAUGGAUGCAUAGUGAGUAGAGGGCUGUGGGAAGGUAGGGUUUCCCCUUGGUCUGGUUUGUUCCCUGCGGAGAAAAUGGGUGAAAGAAGGGUGAAAAUGUAGGUGUUUGAAUCUCUGCAGAUAUUUUUGAUUUCAUGCAUGGCUUCUCCCCCACCCAGCCUUCCCCCCUGGAUCACAUUAGACUGGUAAACAUGGUUCCGGGCUUGAUGCUCCCAACAGCACCAUAUGGUUCCGUCCCCCAGCUUUCCUGGCUGAAGCUGCACUUUCUUCUUGCAUUCUUGUUCAAAUAAACAUUUAAACUAUG